AUAUAAUGUGGUAACAUAUGGAUCUAAAUUGAUUGUUAUUACUUUUACAAAAGUGAAAAGUGAUUAGUGAAAUAACGUUAGUGACUGUUAGUAAUGCAAAUUUGGCAACAUUUAGAUUCUUUCCAUUUUCUUUUAUAGAACAGUGUAUUAUUCUUAUUUUAGAAUUUUAAUGUAAAAUCGUGUUUUCUAACAAAAAGACGGUAUUAUUAGAACAUUUACUUAGCUAUCAUCAUCGAAAAAAAUGGUGAACACUCGUCGUAUGGAGUCAAUUGGCUCAUCUCCUACAAGACCUCAUCGCACAAGGGGUGCUUCUAAACUCGAAGAGCAGGAUACAGAUUCGUCAAGUGACAAGGAGGAAGAAGGUGAGGAAAGUGACAGUGAGCAAUCAAAGAGUGAAGAUAAUACAUCGUCGGACAUUCCUUUAGUAAAAACUGAGAGGGUGUUAAGACGAAAACCAGGCCGACCUAAACCGAGCAGAAAAGUUGUUACUAUUACAAGAAAUUUUAAGAAGUUUAAUGCUCGCUCUGUUGGCAGUACUCAUAAAACAAUAUCAUUACAAAGAAGUAGCUUAGCUGUAUAUGCUAAAAGAAACAUGACUGAUGAUAUGGGUGUUAGUAACAGAAAUUUUUCUGAUGAAGAGUUUUAUCCUAAUCCAAGAAGUCAUAGAUCAAAUCAUCUAAUUAAAAAAAAUCGACUGUUAAGAAGAACAGCAUUGUCAUUAAGACCACUUAGCCAGAAAUGUUAUGCUGAUCAUUCUUCAAUUCACUUUGAUUCUGAUAGUGAUGCUGUUCUUAAAAGAAGUACUAGGAAAAGGAACAUAAGUUGGCUAGCGGACAGUCAGAUGCAUAAGGUUGGAUAUCCAAACCUUAAUAUAGGAUAUUCAGAAGAAGAUAGCAGGGAUGCUGCUGAUGACCAUGAAAAUAUAGAAAUUCCUCAAAGGGUAACAAGAUAUUCUAACAGAAGAAGAAUAUCAAAACCAUCAUAUUAUUAUGACGAAGAAUAUGAUGAUACUCCUGAAAUUCGGAGAAGGAGUAACAGGACUAGCAGAGUUAACAGAGUGAUUAGAACUAGACAUUCAGAGUUGAAUAACAAAGCAAGUAAAGAUGAUAAUGAUGUUGAAAGUAAAAGUACUUCUAAAGAAAGAAUAAAAGAUGAACCGGAGGAAGAAACAACAGGAGAAGAUAAUGAUACAAAACCAGAUAAUGAAAAUAAUGAUGGUAAAACUAACUUAGAGGAUAAAAAAGAUGAAAAUCAAAUUACUCAAACUGGUCCAAAUAAAAAAGAUCAAGAUUUGUCAGAUAGUGAAGAAGAACAAAGACAAUUAAGGGCUAGAGCUAGUAAACCAACUAGAGUUAGAAUAAGGCAGGAAAUGAAUGGGAGAGAUAAAGCUAUGGAGAGUAGUUCUGAAAGUGAGGAAGAGGGCAGAAAAUACUUGUUGAGAAAUCGUCCUCCAAAACCGGCGCCCAAAAACAUGCAAACUUCAGUCUUAAGAAAUGAACGUCGUGAAUUAGCAAGUAGGAAGAGAUAUACUAGAAGACGCAGGAAUUCUACAAGUUCUGAUUCUUCCCUUAGUUCUUCAGACAGAUGCCACAAAACAACACCAAAAAGUCCACACUCUAAAAACGAAAAAAUGAAGUCUGGGGCUGGCGGUAGUAGCAUUAUACCAAUAAAACCAGAAACUUUAGAUCAGUCUGUAAGGUUUAAUAGUAUUGGCGGAUUAGAUUCUCAUAUUCAAUGUUUAAAAGAGAUGAUUUUGCUUCCAAUGAUGUAUCCAGAGGUUUUUCAAAGGUUUCAGAUUCAGCCACCCAGGGGUGUUUUAUUCCAUGGUCCACCUGGUACUGGUAAAACACUAAUAUCUAGAGCCUUAGCGAAUGAAUGUAGUUUUGGAACAAGGAAAGUGUCGUUUUUCAUGAGAAAAGGAGCUGACUUAUUAAGUAAAUGGAUUGGUGAAUCCGAAAAACAACUUAGAUUGCUUUUUGAAGAGGCAGCUAAAAUGAAACCUUCAAUAAUAUUUUUUGAUGAAUUAGAUGGUUUAGCACCUGUUAGGUCAUCCAGACAAGAUCAGAUCCAUGCCAGUAUAGUUUCUACACUUUUAGCAUUAAUGGAUGGUUUGAAUGAUCGUGGUGAAGUUAUUGUCAUUGGAGCAACAAACAGGAUUGAUGCUAUUGAUCCAGCUUUAAGAAGACCUGGUAGAUUUGAUAGAGAAUUAUAUUUCCCACUGCCAUCUAAAUUAGAACGUGAAGAAAUAUUAAGGGUUCAUAUAUCAUGUUGGAACCAACCUCCCAGUGAAGAAUUAUUAGGAUAUUUGGCUGAGAAUACUGUAGGAUAUUGUGGAUCAGAUUUGAGGGCUUUAUGUUCGGAAGCGGUGAUUCAAAGUUUUAGAAGGACAUAUCCUCAAGUCUAUAAUUCUGAAUAUAAGUUACUCUUAGAUCCAGAGAAUGUCAAGGUGGAAAAAGUAGAUUUCAUGAGAGCUAAGUCUAUGAUAACACCUGCAUCUCAUAGAGUGGUAUCUGGUUUAGGAAAAAAAUUGCUUCCAAUCUUGGAACCCUUCCUGGCACCUAUUCUUCAAAAAAUAAUGUAUAUUUUAGAACAAAAUUUUCCACAUGGAUUUAACCCAUCGUUAUCUAAAGUAAAAUUGUCAGCCAGUAUAAGGCCAGCACAAUUGAUAAUCACAGGAGAUGGGCCUGAUCAUGGUCAAACUAAUCACAUUGCUCCAGCUAUUUUGUUUAGAAUGGAACAUAUUCAUUCCUAUAUUUUGGAUAUUGCCACUCUUUUUAAGGAACCAGGUCGAAGCCCAGAAGAUGCGUGUAUACAGGUAUUCACUGAAGCAAAAAGAAAUGUUCCCAGUAUUAUUUAUAUUCCAAAUAUUGAUACUUGGUGGGAACUAACAUCUGAAACGACUCGUGCUAUUUUGCUGUCACAAUUAGCUGCUAUUGAUCCAAAUAUUCCUCUUCUGUUUUUGACGACUUCUAUCAAUACUUAUAAUGAUCUUCCUACUCAGUUGCAAGACAUAUUUUCUCCUUAUCGUCAAGAAAUAUUCGAAAUUAAACCGUCCAAUCACGAAACGCGACGCCUGUUUUUCAAACCACUGCUUAUCGGUAUCAGUCUUCAACCGCCUCGACCAACGAGGGAACGCCCCAAAAGUCCCCCGCCUCUACCUAGGGCUCCCACGCCCCCACCUCCUCCUAUAAGUGAAGAACAAGCUCAAAAACUUUACGAAACUGAAGAGCAUACUCUGAGGGAACUGAGGAUAUUUUUGAGAGAUAUGUGUAAAAAGCUCGCUAACAAUAAAUUGUUUUUUAUGUUUACUAAGCCUGUAGAUACAGAAGAAGUACCUGAUUAUACUGAAAUUAUUAAGCAACCUAUGGAUCUGGAAACCAUGAUGACCAAAGUGGAUUUCCAUCGUUACGAAUGUGCCAAAGACUUUCUUACAGAUAUUGACUUAAUUUGUCAGAAUGCUUUAGAAUAUAAUCCUGCCAGAACUUCUGUAGAUAAACAGAUUAGACAUAGGGCUUGUUCUUUAAGAGACUAUGCUUAUACAUUAAUCAAGACUGAGAUGGAUAGCGACUUUGAAGAUAAAUGUCAAGAUAUUAAAGUAAGAAGGAAACAAAGAAAUGCAUGCGUUUCGAAAUAUCUUCCAGCUUAUAUUAUAACGCCAGAUGGAAUGAACUUAGAAGUUGAUGCAGAAAAUAGGCCGAAUGUGGUUGAUACAGGAAGGCCCAAAGUUAACGGAAAAGUAAUGGAGAGAAACCGAAUCAGUCCAAUGAGAAAACGCAAGUUCAGUUGGCAGCAUGGUUAUCUGAAGAAAAAGAAGAAGCCCAAACUAGAUAUUUCCCAAAGCAUCAGUAACAAACCUAAAGAAAAAAAUUCAAGUGAUGAGUCCAAAGAAAACGAUCCCGACAGCAGUACUGUAGAGGUACAACCUAAAUCUAAACUGCCCGAAAGUGAUAAUAGUAGAACUUCUGAUGUAACUACUGCCCUAAGCAUAAACUGUGAUAUUCCGAAGACAGAUCUUCCAUGUAAUUCGGCCAGAUCUCCUACGAGAAGGCUAUCAGACUUAAUGAGUCCAUCCGAACUUUUAGAUAGUCCUUUAUAUUUUGAUGACGUAGAUCAAGCCUUAAAUGAAAAUGCAAGUAGUAAUACGGUUGUUAAAGUGGAUUGUUCUCAAAUAGAGCUAGAAAAGGUUUUAGACCAAACUGUGAAGUAUACAGAAGGAUUUUCCUUAUCUGAUCUGCUUGAUUUAUAUAAUCAGUUCAAUAAUAUCAUUAAAAAAUUUUCCAAGAAUACUGUAAGACACAAUUUACCUAAGGAACUCACCAAAGAACUACUUCGGUUUAAAAAAGCUGCAAAUAACGAGGUGCGAACCUCCAUAACAACUACAAGAUAAAUUUUGUCAUAAUAUUUUCUGCACUGCCUUUUACUUUUCUUAUAUUUUUAUCAGUAUUUAUGUUUUGUAUAGUACUUAAUAUAUUUAUAAAUAAUUUAGUUUAUAUUUUCUACAUUGAACAACUCAGUGUUUAUUAAAAUAUUCAAUUUCUAUAUAACUUGUUGGCAUGGAAUAAAUAUGGAAAUUGCUCAGUUUGUCUUGUAACUUUAGGCGUUGAAACUAAAAAAUUACACAAAAAAAUAUAAAUGUACCCUCUUUCGCUGGGCCAAUAAUAAAUGUUUCCCUCAAUAUAAAUGUGUAAAAGUU